GGCACCUCCGCGGUUUAUCACUUCGUACUACAGCUUGGAAGCCUCUAGUCAUCACCAACAAUGUCGAAAGCUCUGCAGAUCGCUACGUACAGUACAUCAUUACCUGGACCAGUUUCCUUGUCGCCAUUACCUCUUGCAUACCCGGAUGUUACUGCUGCAGAUUCGUUAAGCGAGGCUGGAAAGCCGAUGCCUUCAUGUCCUUGGUUGUCGGCAUAAGUCUUCGGAAUCCUCCCAUUGCCCUAUCUAAGCUUGACUUACUUGUGGUCCAGGUGUCCCUCCUUGGGGCUCUAGGUCUCCGGCAAAGAGCCUUCUCGUUAAGCUACUCACGACCCGAACCAAACAGCUGCAACUCUUCCGACCCAAGCGGCAAUGGUCUUACAUGGUUCUUUGUCACCUUUAUCAUCGACGACGCCGUGUUACACUUCAUCAUCCGAGCCGCCUUCUUCAUCUUAUAUCUGCAGUUCUCAGCUCAGUCCAACUUCCGCUUGUGGAUCGGCUUAGGAUUCGGUGUGAACGGGAUGCUAAUCAUACUCAAUAUGUUAAUCAUCGUUUUCCGAUGCAAGCCGAUUACGGCAGCAUUCAGACCGAUGGAACGCAUGACAGCUCAAUGUAUGGAUACUGAAUUCGUUGUCUUUGCGCCGGCUGUUUUGAACUCUUUGCUCAACCCCUAUGUUCUGGUCCUAUCUAUGCCCAUAGUCCAUUCGAUGCGAGUCUUCUGGACUCACAUAUCGGAAUCUCGCUCGAAAGCCAAGGGAACGCCGCAACACCACUGCGACGUCAACCCACGAGAUAGGUUACCAUCACGGCUACAUAUGGACUCGGCGGCGCUACGUAUGGGUCCGGUAGCUUCUCAAGACCAAUGCCGCCUACAGUGUCCGUGACGAGUCUGGUGGAUCGGUCUCUCCUGGCCCUACCAAAGGGAGCGAAACAGCCACGAUACCCGACUGUAAACGGAGAUUUUGGAUCGCGACCCCGUACUUCUCUGAGCAUAGCCUGGUUUGCUCGAUUCGCGUCGAGUAACUUUGACAUUUUGCUUCAACUUAUGUCGAGGAUC